AUGGGCCUGCCUUUGCAACAUGCGCGCCCCCCUGCGAAGCGGGGCGUGUUCUUCGAUUUUGACUCCACGAUGACGACUCCCAUCAAGAUCCCACGAUUUCACAGGCACGCGGUGGCGGACACGCCGGAGAUCUUCGGGGCCAUGACGCCGCAGGAGAUCCUCGCCAACUUUGGUGGGCGCCAGCGUCUGCAGCGCAUGGGGGAGGUGCUGAAGGCCCUGGCGGACGCGGGUUGCGAGCUGUUUAUCGUGUCCAUUGGCUUCCGCGACAGCUGCAUCCUGCCGCACUUGAACGCCGUGGGCCUGUCCCGCCACUUCCCCGCGGAGAAUGUCUUUGGGCAGGACUCACGGGCGCUGCAGGAUCGUGGCUUCAGCAAAGGGAGGCGCCGACAUCAUGGCAGAUCCCAAGCGGCAGUGGUCCGCAGCAGACGCGCUCUUCAUUGA